CAAAGGAAAUAAGUCCCCCCUCUUGUUGGGCUCGUUUUCAGGCGACGUUUUUGUGUGGUGGAAGGUGUCGAGGUGAAAUAAAAAUAAGCUGGAUUAUAACGGUGUAGAAAAGUUUUUGGACUUGAAAAAUCCAAAAAAUUACUCACAGAAGUUUUUGAGGAAGAAAUAAGAAAAGAACAUUACGAGGUAUAUCGUUCAUGUACACUAGUACGAAUCACUGACCCGUGGACGCACAGCAAAAAAGUCUUCGCGAAACUAAAAUUCAAGUAUUUAAUCAAAUAAACAGAAGAGGUCGACUUCGAAAUGGGAAAAUUCCUAACUUUGUUCUUCUUGGUUUCGAUUUUCAAUAAGGCUGCGACUGGGCUUACCGUAGAAAGGACCGACUUAUUUCUCACAGUUUCGGGCUUCACCUACAACAAAGCCCUCGCUUACGCCACUGAACGUGUCUCCAAGGAAUGUCGGUGCUCGGGCAAGUGUGCGACAGACCCCAAAUGUCAGAUGUUCGGGGGAUACCUGGCCCAGGACUCGUACUACUGCAGCCGCUACAACGCGACGCCCGUCGACUUCGAACAACAGCCUUUCCUCGACCCAGGCGCCUUCCUGUCCGUUAGAGUCGAACAACCGGACAUGCAGCACGAGCCUGCGGAUGGCUUCGUGUACUGGCUCUCAAAAGACGUCAUGACCAUAACUGCUGCCAGGAGCUUGUGUCAGAAGAUGAAGGGCUUUAGACUUGGCUUCUACCAGCAGGAUAACCAAGUACCGAUACUGCAGAAGUACUACCAGCAGUCAGGUGGGGCCGACAGCCUGCUGAUCAGCCUGACGAAGAACGCCACGACUGGCGACGCCGUAUGGGACGAUGGCUCGCCCUACGCCGCGACAGGAGCCUACGCCAACCUCAUCGUCAACGACGGGAGCAGCUCCUCGUCGGUCUACGCGUACGGCCUCAACGGCAAGAUCAACGACGUGCCGGCCACCUACUUGGGCAAGGCUUUGUGCCAGGGCAAGCCUUUCUUCAGGCUCAUCCAAUAAAUCGCAGCUUUGGGACGACGAUUAAGGCUCACUGACCACAUAACAUUAGAAAUCCAAAGUACUAAUUACUCCCACCAUUUAACCCUAACGCAGCUCCAAAUAGCUACAAACCAACUUCUAUGGGCCUUUUUCGUCACCUGCUGCCUUUUCUAUCUCUCCUUCCUCUUUCUGACCGCAUUGUGCCACCUCCAGUCUUUUUCAAUCUUUUCUUGGUGGCACCGCACGCACAAUGAGUGAUUAUUAUUACCGUUCGUUGAACACAACUAGCAAAUGAGUGAUGCCAUCUAACCACUACCACAUGCUUUCUUUACUCUGAAGACAUAAGACAAUAGUUACGAUUUACUAACCUUCAUCGCACGCUGACCGGAAAUUAGAAUUCUGAUUUGGUUGAAAAAAAAAAUACAGCCUUAACCUACAAUACAAAUAUUGUAUGGACAUUGCCAAGCUACUUAGGAUAUCAUCAAGAUCUGAAAGUUGAAUUUUUGAUGCAUACGAAUAUCCAAAAUUUUAUCUUGGAUUUGUCUAAAAAAUAAAAUGAAAAUGGCCUCACAUUUUCCGACAUUGCAAUCCUCGUAUUCUAAGAAAAAAAAAAACACUAACUAAUAUAUCCUAGAGGCUCGGUUUAACUUUUCGAAGAACUCCUCGCUCGCUUUGUCAUACUUUAAUAUUAAAUGGAAUCUCAGUGCCGCUAAGGACCAUUCCGAGUGACAUCUGAUCCACCUGCUUGUGUAAUUUAAAUUGUUUCUACCAAAGGUUUCUGUUUACUGACGUGAUGGCCCAGACUUACUUGCCUCAAAGUUUGAGCGAACUACCACUUCGACUGGUCGGAAUUUUUUUAACAUUUUGGUAAUUCGUUAUCUGAACUUCUAUGAGUUUUUUUAGAAUUCCUUUCAAUAAUUGAGCUCCCAUUACACUUAUUU